AACAGCUGUUUUUUUUGAUUUGAUAACACUAGCAUUUCGAUUCCACCUGGUUUUUCGGCUUUUUCCAAAUUGAUCACUGAAAACCCGCCAGGAGAUGCAGUUCCUCCGUGUGGGUGGUCGUAUAACGGCACUGCGUCAAAGAUUCGCCGACAAGAUUCAAAUGCCGGAGCGUUUCAAAGGCACGUUCGUGGAGAAGUGGGUGCAGUACUGGAACGGCCUGGUCAGGGAUUACUCGGAAGUGGCGGUUGGCGUUGUACGGGAAUCCUACACGAAGCCCAAAAAGGCGCUUCUCUAUGGCACGGGCAUGCUGUUCGUGUACCAAGCCGGUCUCAAGAAUCCUGGCGAGGAGGCCUUUAUGACUCUACUGAGGGGCGCCACAAAUCGAAUGAUCACAGUGCCCGCGGAACUGCAGAAUCCCGUGUCCGCCGAUUAUCUGCUGACCUUGGAGAGGGCGAUCAAUCAGAAGAAACUGCGUCUCCUUUCCCUGGGCAUCUGCACUAUCCUUUGGGUCGAUCUGUACGACGAGGACGACUGCACUUAUCCGGCCAUCUGCGAGUAUACUAACGUGGGCGUCUUCAACUUCCAUGAACGGAUCAUCGACGUGGGAUUUUGGAAUCAAUAUUGGCGACUCAAAUGGAAGAUGCACAACUACGAUGUGAACUACCUGUGAUCCCACACCGUUAAGCUUUCGUUAUCCUUAAUACCAUGUUUGCUGUUUAAGUCAAUCGAGGGAAUACCAAUAUAUGUAUGUUUUUAGUACUGGUA